AUGGCUGGGAUGUAUAAGGAAUUAAAUGGCAGCAGGCUUAACUGCCCGACUCUUUCCAGCUGCCCGACUGUGCCAAAGACAUACAAGCUUACAACAAAUCCGGCAUUGGGACAAAUGCAAAUUUUGAGCAGUACGGAAUGGCAAAGUUUGAUGGAUAAAUAUAUCGCAGCGAUCGAUAUGGUGAAUAGAUUUGAUAAAAGAAUGAAUGGCAAUGUUCGCCGAAAGUCAUAUGAAACAAACAUCAAACCAUGGAUGAAUGUGAAAGAAGAGUGGUCAUUCUUAUAUGCUGCGAGCUCACAAGCCACAGCAUUUGAUUUUCCUCUAAUGACUCCACAGGUGACACAUUGA